AUGAAUAUCAGAGACUAUGUCAGCAACAAUCAGGAACUGAACAGAUUCAUGGAAGAACAAGAAAAUUCCAAAGUUGACGAACAAUGCAAAAUCUUAGGCGUGACGUGGAAAACUACUACGGACGAAUUCAAAAUACACUUACCAAGAUGUAUAACAGAAACAACAUGGACAAAAAGGAGAGUGCUACAAAAGGUAGCAAGCACUUACGAUCCCUUCGGUUGGAUUUCAGCAGUCGUACUCGUGGGAAAAAUUUCCAUCCAAAAAUUGUGGACACAAAAUAUCAGUUGGGAUGAAUCACUACCGCAACACCUGCUUGAGGAAUGGACACAAAUCAUCGAGUCGUGGACCUUGUCUUCGGUGACCUUUCCACGUUCACUAAUACAAGACAACGCGCCCAAUGCAAAGUACGACAUCCACGUCUUUACCGAUGCGUCACAGUCCGCAUACUCCGCCUCUUCUUACUUACUGGAAAAGAUCAAUGGUCAUCCUGAACGAGCAAUGCUAUUGGUUUCGAAAUCACGACUGGCUUCGAAGAAGCCUUUAAUGACUAUACCAAAACUGGAGCUUUCACGACUGCUCAUCCGUGCCAAUCUGCUCCGCUAUCUGAAACUCCACUUGGACAUCCCAAUGGACCGAUCUUUCCUAUGGUCAGACAGCAGAGUCGCACUCUCAUGGACACAGUCAGAUAAACAUCUUCCCAUAUUUAUACGUAACCGCGAACAAUUCGAGAAAAGGCUCAAGAUGCAAUCUUCCGUCACAUACCAGGCUCACAAAACCCUGCAGACGUCGCAAGCCGGGGAUGCACAAUAG